AUGUCCGGACACUAUGCAUCAAGAAACGAGACUCGGAUCACGGAGGACACGGUUCAAGAGGAGGAUCAGGCAUUGACCGAGCAGAAUCCAACACGCAGCUCAAAUAUUUCGGCGAGUCAGUCCCCGAAUAACGGGCCUGCACGGGAAAAUGUCGCUCAUCCUCGAUCUUCCAUGUCGCCGUCCCGAAUGUCGUCGGAUCUCGGCCGAAGGCCAUCUCAGCAGCGAAAUGUGCGGUUUUCAACGGACCUCGACCGGCCCAUUGUGGAGGAAUCCAGGAAUACUCGACCUGCCUCCAGGGGCCUAACAAUCGAUACGAGUAUCACGAACACUGCUGUCUCCCCAGUGCGUUCGCCUGUUACAUCACCAGAGCGCGGGCAGACUUCACCACUAUCCCCCAAUAGCGCUCUUUCCCCAACGUCUCCGCAAAGUCCAGAUGUCGGUCGCUCACGAUCCCGUAAUCGCGGAUAUUCACUUCGGCGUACAAUUUUCGCAAAGAACAUCCAGACGCAAGAUGUAACAUCACCGGGGGCUAUUGAACUGGGCCCAGCGGUUGGCUCGCAGCAGCUACCGGAGACUUCGACAGCGAAUGAUCAGCCACAGGCGACAGGAGACGAGAAACACUCGGAAGUCGUGCGCCCAGCAAUCACGUCGGAAUCUUCACCCAAAGAUGACGGCUCGACGACAUACUACUCUGAUCCCAAGGACGGCAGGCAUCUUUCUAUGAGUGUUUCGUAUGAGAGAUGGUUGAAGCGGAAGGCUGCUUGUACUAUGUUCAUGGUGCGACUAGAGAACGCGAUUGAAACGGUGCGCAAGGCCAUCCUUCGGAUCAAGGAUAUUCCUCCCACCAAAGACGGCCGUCAUAUUGAUCUCGAUGUGACGCGCACCGAGGACUUGAUUGACGAAAGGACUGGUAAGCCAUAUGUUGGAAACUGGAUUCGAUCCAGUCGUUAUAGCUUCUGGAGUUUCUUUCCCAGGCAAUUGUUCGCUCAGUUCACCAAGUUGGCCAACUUCUAUUUCUUGGUCGUGGCUAUCCUGCAGAUGAUCCCGGGUUUGAGUACCACAGGUACUUUUACUACACUGAUCCCUCUUUUGAUUUUCGUUGGUAUCUCAAUGGGCAAAGAAGGGUUUGACGAUUGGCGUCGUUAUCGCUUGGACAAGGAGGAGAAUAAUCGUCUUGCAUCUGUUCUUCGUCCUGGUGCCAGUCUUACCGCUGCUGCCGCCACUGGCGCCAGCGACACCGUUUCUGUUUCAAGCGAUGCGCAGAAUUGGGCUCUCAUCAAGUGGCAGGACAUCAAGGUCGGAGAUGUGAUCAAACUCGAGCGUGACCAGCCUGUCCCAGCUGACAUUGUCUUACUCCAUGCAAAUGGGCCCAACGGCGUAGCUUACAUUGAGACCAUGGCCCUAGAUGGCGAGACCAAUCUCAAGAGCAAGCAGCCUUGCCAGCCAGUGGCUAAAGUGUGCGGGACGGUCGAAGACAUCUGCAGCAAUUCCAUUCACUUUGCCGUGGAGGACCCGAACAUCGAUCUGUACAAAUUUGAUGGCAAUGUGAUUGUGAACGCGGAGAAGCUGCCCCUGACGAAUACUGAAGUUGUUUACCGCGGCAGUAUUCUUCGAAAUACCGAACGCGCCCUUGGUAUGGUCAUCUACACUGGCGAGGAGUGCAAGAUCCGAAUGAAUGCCAACAAGAACCCUCGGAUAAAGUCGCCGUCGCUGCAGGCAAAGGUCAAUCGGGUCGUUAUGCUGAUUGUUUGCCUCGUCAUUAUCCUGGCGGUUGCUUGUACUGUUGCGUACAAAUAUUGGUCACAGGAUGUUGAGCGCCGCGCUUGGUAUCUUGAAAAGGCUAAUGUUGACUACGGCCCCAUUUUUACUUCGUUCCUGAUCAUGUUCAAUACAAUGAUUCCUAUCUCGCUUUAUGUGAGUAUGGAGAUCGUCAAAGUUGUUCAGAUGUUCUUGUUGAACGACAUCGACAUGUAUGAUGAGGAAACCGACACACCCCUCGAAGCGCGAACAUCCACGAUCAACGAGGAACUGGGACAGGUCAGCUAUAUCUUUUCUGACAAGACCGGAACAUUAACGAACAACUCGAUGCGCUUCCGUAUGAUGAGCGUGGCUGGGACCGCCUGGUUUCAUGACUUCGAUCUGCGUGAAGAAGCUGCGAGAGAAGGUGAUCGAAAGAUGUUGAUCCACAAGAAACGGAGUGUCAAAGGCAAGAAGGCUAUGGCUCGUAAGUCCUACGCUUCAGAUACUCGAGAAGUGUUAAGACCCUCGAAUGUGUCGAACGCUCUGGAGGUGUCUGGUUCGAUGUCCAUGGGCCCUCGAAAGAUUGCAAAAUCCAUGGCCGAUCGGCGUACCACCGAUAUGUUGAGAUACAUCCAACUCAAGCCCUACACCGUGUUCGCGCGGAAAGCCAAGCUGUUCCUGCUGGCAAUAGCGUUGUGCCAUACAUGCAUACCGGAGAAGGACGAGUCUGGAAACGUUUCUUUCCAGGCAGCAUCCCCUGAUGAACUAGCUCUGGUGAUGGCUGCGCAGGACCUCGGAUACCUCGUCAUUGAUCGACAACCAAACACCCUGACGAUUCGGACUUACCCCAAUGGUCCAGAAGAAGAGCACCAAGAUGAGGUCUAUGAAAUUUUGGACGUCAUCGAGUUCACAAGCACUCGGAAACGCAUGUCUGUUGUGGUUCGAAUGCCGGACCAACGCAUCUGUCUUUUCUGCAAGGGUGCUGAUAGCACCUUGAUGCGGUUGCUCAAACGCUCCUCUCUUGCUCAUGAAAAAGCAGUCGAGAUUGAGCGGCGUGCCAGCAAACGCAAGGCAGCCGAGGCAAAUCAGGUAAUGAGACGAAAUAGUGAGCACCAGAGUCGGAAGGAUAGUGGAGUCAGAUCCAGCUUCAGCCGGCCAAGCUUCAGUCGUCCCAGCUUCGGUCGACCUAGCAUGACAAAGAACAGACGCUCCAGUGUUUCCGGGCAGAACGUCUCUGUGUUGAGAGAAAGCAUCGAUGUAUGGCUUCGUGAUCGUGAGACUGAUGGUGGUCUUUUGACAAGGGAAUAUGAUGAUGAGUACUAUAGCCCACGUCCGUCUGCUCAGCUUGGCAGGCAAUCCACGUCUUUCUCAGACUCGGGAAGCUCUGUCAACGAGGAGGACCAAGACGAUCUGGUCGAGGAGGCGCUGGUCGUAAACGAAUCGGCAGUCUUUGAGAGGUGCUUCCAGCAUCUGAAUGAUUUUGCUACGGAGGGCUUACGGACGCUCAUGUAUGGCCAUCGUUUCCUCGACGAUUCCACGUAUCACGAGUGGAAGGCGGCCUUUCAUGAGGCUAGCACCAGUCUCAUUGACCGUCAGGAAAAGAUCGAGAAGGUUGGUGCUCAAAUUGAAGAACAGCUCGAAUUGACUGGGGCUACCGCGAUUGAGGACAAGUUGCAAAAGGGUGUACCCGAGGCCAUUGACAAAUUGAGACGCGCCAAUAUCAAGUUGUGGAUGCUCACCGGCGACAAACGUGAAACCGCCAUCAACGUCGGGCACUCUUGCCGUCUGGUCAAAGACUACUCUUCUCUUGUCAUUCUCGACCAUGAAACUGGAGAUGUUGAACGCUCAAUCUUGAAGAUGACUGCAGAUAUUAGUCGAGGAUCUGUGGCUCACUCUGUCGUCGUUGUUGAUGGACAAACUCUGUCGAUCAUCGAAUCCGACGAGACUCUCCGAGCUCAGUUCUUCAAGCUGGCCAUCUUGGUUGAUACUGUCAUCUGCUGCCGUGCAAGUCCAAAACAAAAGGCAUUCCUUGUCAGAUCCAUCCGGCUUCAAGUCAAGGAUUCUGUCACUCUUGCGAUUGGUGAUGGUGCCAAUGAUAUUGCCAUGAUCCAGGAGGCCCAUGUUGGAAUUGGUAUCACUGGGAAGGAAGGCUUGCAAGCAGCUCGGAUCUCCGAUUACUCGAUUGCCCAGUUCAGAUUCUUGCUGAAGCUACUACUCGUUCACGGGCGGUGGAAUUACAUCCGAGCCUGCAAAUACACGCUUGGUACGUUCUGGAAGGAAAUGCUGUUUUACUUGACCCAGGCACUGUAUCAGCGUUGGAACGGCUAUACUGGAACCAGCUUGUACGAGCCAUGGAGUUUGAGUAUGUUUAAUACUCUGUUCACAUCGCUCGCUGUUAUCUUUCUUGGUAUAUUCACGAAAGACUUGUCUGCGUCCACGCUGUUGGCUGUCCCAGAGUUAUACACCAAAGGUCAGCGGCAUGGCGGGUUCAACAUCAAGCUCUACCUUGGAUGGACGUUCAUGGCCACCUGUGAAGCUAUGAUUGUGUUUUUCGUCAUGUAUGGACUUUUCGGAAACGUCCUCUUCACAAAUACUGGAAGCGACAUCUUCUCGGCCGGGCUUGUCACCUACUCCGCUUGCGUCAUCAUCAUCAACACCAAACUACAGGCCUUGGAGGUGCAUAACAAGACCUACCUCUCUCUGAUCGUCAUUGUGAUUUCAGUUGGAGGAUGGUUCUUAUGGAACCUGAUUCUCUCCCGCCGGUACCAGAUCAAAUCUGGCAAUGGCAUUUAUCACGUGCCGGGCAACUUCAUCUUGCAUUCCGGCCGCGACCUGGCUUUCUGGGCGGUUCUCUUCGUUACAGUCGUCGCUGUUGUUGUCUUCGAGGUGUCUGUCAGCGCGAUCAGAGCGAACCUCUUCCCCACAGACGUCGACAUCUUCCAAGAGUACGAGCAGGACUUGGAAAUCCGGAAGAGAUUUGAAGAGGCCGCCGCGUCUGAAUUACAGCAAGGCUGGGAUCGUGGCAAGAAGAAGUCGAGCUUCGAGCUGGCUCAAGAGGCGGCGGAGACGGAGGCGCGCGAGAAACAUGUCCAAGAGCUUCUGGCGCGGCCCAGAGUCAUGACCAAGACCGGUUCUGGCCAGAUUGAAAUGCAAGAAAUCGAUCUGAGCGAGUUGAACAGUUCCAGCAGGGAUGUCUCUGGACACGCGACGGAAGAUGAGGGAACGAGCACGCCACGCCGAUCGGUGGAGAUUCACGAGUUGUUUUCCAAAGGGUUUGGCGCCAUUCGAAAGGGCCAGCUGAAAUGA